AUUGACUACGUCACAGAGCAUGACCUCGGAGGUGUAAUGAUUUGGGCCAUUGACUUUGAUGAUGAUCAGCGGACAAUGCUUAAUGUGAUAACAAAGGUGAACUCAUUUUUCCAUUCAACUCUAAGUUGGACUGAUGAAAACUUUACCUCAGUAUUCUUCAGGAAAAAUUAG